AUGUCGCUCUCCAAGUCAUCAUAUACACAAUAUAACAGGAAGAACUGGGAGGACUCAGAUUUUCCUAUAUUGUGUGAGACGUGUCUCGGUAAUAAUCCAUACCUUCGCAUGGUUAGUUUUUUACCAUCUCUAUGGCUACAAAACAUUUUUUUUUCGUUUCAAUGAUUUUCUCAUUCAGAUGAAAGACAAACACGGCAGAGAGUGCAAAAUUUGCGAGCGUCCCUUCACAACCUUCAGAUGGCAACCAGGAAAGGGCGCCAGGUUAUUUUUUCUUAUAGAUUUGAAAUAUUUUUUUGAAAAUUCAGAUACAAGAACACCGAGCUUUGUCAAACGUGCGCGAAAGUCAAGAACGUGUGCCAAACUUGUAUGUUCGAUUUGGAGUACGGUGAGUUUAUAAAAAAGGUCUUGCAGUACAUUGAUGUCGCUUUUUCAGGGCUUCCCGUACAAGUCAGAGAUCAUGAACUGCAAAUAGCAGACAAUAUUCCGAAACAAGGGGCGAACAGAGAUUUUUUCCUUCAGAAUGUUGAAAGGUUUUAUACUCAGAAACGUAUUUCAUAAAUGUUUAAAUCUCAGAACUCUUGCACAAGGAGAUGGCACGCAGCCAAUCGCGGCCAUUGCCGAAAACGUCGAUCAGGCGGCUCAUGACCGUUUGAAAAGGUAUCGUGAUUUUUUCAAAAGUUUUUUUUUCUUUCCGAAAGCGGAGCAAAUUUUUUCCAAUAGACUCAAUUUGAAAGAAAAGUACGGUUUUUGGCUUCUUCUAUAUGUCUGUCUUUAGUUUUAAUUGGCAUUUUUGUGAAAGAUACCGAUCAUUUAUUGCUUUAAAAGCCAUGAAAACUUGUCUCUUAUUGUGAAAAACCACAUCUAUGUCUACUUCUAGCUCCCGAAAGUUUUAAAAAUUUAAAAAGAAGAAAAUUGAUACUUUCAAGUGAAGUAAAUGACUCACGAUUUAGUUUUCUUAAAACUAACUUAAUUUUUUGUAGUCCUGACCAUUUUCCUUCCAGAUUAGCCCGGUCGGCUCCCUACUACAAAAGAAACGCUCCACACAUUUGCUCAUUUUUCGUCAAGGGAGAAUGUAAGCGAGGAGAAGAAUGUCCUUACAGGUACUUUGUUUGAACUGAAAUUGAAUUAUUUCCUCAUUUAGACACGAAAAGCCAACGGAUCCUGAUGAUCCAUUGUCUCGGCAGAAUAUCAAGGACAGAUAUUAUGGUACGAAUGAUCCAGUGGCUGAGAAGAUUAUCAACCGCGCGGCGGUAUGUUAUUUUUUCUUCCGACUCUUCAGAUUUUGAAGUUUUCUGAAGGUUUCGAUCGAAUUUAGUAUUUUAGGAAUUUAAGCUCAUUUGAGAAGCAAGUAAUCAGAUUACUUAUUCGAUUUAUGAUGGAAAACUUGAACCAUCUGUUGAAAAAGUAUUGUCUAUGAAAAAGCUGGCACAUGUUUUAAAAUGCGCAAAAUUCUACGUUACUUGGAGUGUUACUGAAAAUGUGCGUCUCGAAAUUUUAUUGAAAUUUUCAUUUUGUUAAGCUUGAUAAAGGUUCUUGAUAGGGAGAAUUUUUUCGUCUAAAUUUUUCAGCUUCGAACUAUAAGAUUGAUGAAGCAUUUUACGUAGAAAUGGAGGUUUUUAAAGAGGGGUUAUAGUUAUUAAAGGCUAGUGAUGGCAAGUAUCGGCUUUUUUUAAUUAAUUAAAAUAAUUAACUGAAUCAAAAUUUAUUUGCUUAGUUCAAUAAAUUUAAUUUUCACGUCAAAAAUUUGUAGUUUUCAUUACUUUCCCAUCACUUUUUCAACCAUUCCACAACGUUUCGAAACGGUCGAAUGAGCUGUUUGAAACGAGUCUUUUCACUUUGAAAGUUUUCAUAGAUUCUAUCCUUGAAGUUCUAGAAUAUCCGAGCUUAAACAAUUAUUUGAAGGCUCAACCGACGUUGGAUCCCCCAGCUGACAACACAAUCACCACGUUGUACGUUGGUAACCUUGGUUUGGCCGGUCCUUCCCAAGUCACUCAGAAGGAGUUGAAGUAUGAGAAAUGAUUAAACUUCAAAUCUCAUGAUCUGUUUCUCAGUGACUACUUCUAUCAGUUUGGCGACGUCCGAAGUCUUCGCGUUUUGGAGCAGAAAGGAUGCGCCUUUAUUGAAUACACGACGAGAGAAGCCGCCGAAAGAGCUGCCGAGAGAUCUUUCAACAAGGCUUUUAUCAAUGUAAAGAUUAUUUUGAUUUUUGCCGGUUCAUACAGUUAUUUUCAGGGCCGGCGUUUGACUAUUCGUUGGGGACAGCCUCAAGCACAGAAAUCUGCUGAAAAUGCUGAACGUGCUAUGAUCAACCCAGUUCCAUCGGUCCCUACGUGUGAGUUUUGGUAGAGAAUCGAAAAAGGGAUAGUCAAAACCUUGAAAAAAGUUAGAGUUAAGAACAAUACAUAGUUAACGCGUUUUUUUUCCACCUAAUUAUGAUAUUUCUAAUCUUUCGCCAAUCGAUGCUGGAUUGAGAUUUAUAAAGAAGGUUAAAUUUUUAUAGAGAACAGAAAAACAGAGAAGUUGUGAGUUUUUCUCAUUGGAGGAAUCUUUAAAAGUUCCUCUUUUCUUUCACUUUCUUUGAAAAAGAACUUUCAAUGUUAUCGGCUGUUAUUUUUUUACUUUAUACCCUUUUUCUCAGUUUUAAACUCUGCUUUUUUCACGACUUCUCAUUGUUUUAGGAUGAAAUUAGUAAAACGUGAAAAAAAGUUCGAAGGAUCAGCUGAAAAGCAAAAAUUAAGCAUUGAAAAAAGUCGACUCCGUAUGAAAACUUUCAAAAAGAUCAACUUUUUCGCAAAUUUCGUUUCUUUAGUAUUGUCAAAGAUACUUUCUGGAGUGCUGGAAGUAGCGAUUCUCAGAUAAAAUUUUAGACCAUACAUUUUCACCAUAAAUUUUCAAAGAAGCAGAAAAUUCUCUUUUUUUCGUCGGUAUCGCUUAUUUAAUUCAGCAAAGAACAUGAUCUUUUCGAGGCCUUUCAUGUGAUAAGCUAGAAAAAUCUAGUUAAAUCCAAGAAGAGAGAAAUUGAAGCUUAGGCGAUUUUUUUAGGAAAGUGUUGAGAAUAGAUAUUUUUCAACAGUCUUCUCUUUUUUUUUUCACGCUAUUUAAAAGAUUUAUGGAUGUUUCAGUACCCCUACCCGACGGAAUGGCCUCGACUUCUCGUGGACGUGACAUCGGUGGAGUCCCACUUCCGCCGAUGCCGCCAAUCUUUGGAGGACCUCGGAAACUUGUCGUUCCUAACGUUCGGCCUCCAACUCUCGCAGGUUUUCAUUUUAUUUUCCUCAUCGUCUUCAAUUUUCUGAAUGUUUCAGGAGAGCCAGGAUCCAGCAAAUCCGGCGUUUAUUAUCCGAGUCAAGAUCCCACGCGACUUGGCGCCAAAGGCGACGUCAUCGAUUGAAACUAUUCCAUCUUUCCUUCUUUCUUACGUUCUUUCCCAUUUUUUUUCAAUCCUUUGUAAUAUCUGUUGAAACUGUUUCUCUUUCCUCUCUCCCGAGUUUUAUUUAUGACUGAAUCGAAAUAAACACGUUGCACUCGUUUGAAUAAACAUGUUUUGAGGCGUUUUUCGCUACGCUCUUUGAGUAUUUAUACACCACUGUGAAAGCUUCUCUUUUUUUUUCUUUUUUUUUGCGCCGCAAGCUUGCAAAUGCGUCCCCGCCCGCCGAUUCAACGGUUCGGGAAAACGUGACUUGCGGGAAAGUGUCAGAUUUGGACUGUUUUGGUUCGUAAGGAUCUUUUAGAAUGAGAAAGCGAAGGAAUUUCACCCUUUUUCUGGCUUUUCAAGGCCAUUUUUUUGAACUUUUUCAUGUUUGUUGUUAUCAGAGGAGCAUACUAGAAAUGAAUAAAGGUCUCGAGGCGAAGAGCUUUUUUAUUUUGAAAUAAACCUAUCUUCUGCGCCUUGAAUUUUGCGUUUAAAUUAAUGUGGGUGGACUUUUUUUCGAGGAAUUUUUUUAUUUUGACACUUUUUUUCAUAGGAAUUCAAAACUUUUUUUGUCAAUUUUACAAUUUUUUUGUCAUUUGUUGAACCUGAUAAUAAAGUAUACAAAACGGCGUUUCGAAUGUUUUUCAAAUAUUUAUUUAAAUAAUCCGAAUCUCAAAAAAAGUUGAUUUUUUUUAGUUUUCUUUUUAUGCUUCAUGCGAGUUUCAUAUUUCUCAGAAAUAUUGAACAGAACUCGUUUAUUUUCGCAAAAAACUAAUCAACCUUGACUAAACUUCACAGGAAUUUCCUUUUUCAAAUGCAUUUCUUCGCUUUAAAAAAAAAUGCGAGUUCCCAAAAAGAAAGUUUUUUUUCAGAAUUGUGGCGCCAUGGCGAUGCUGAAUAUUGAGGCGAUAUCGCCUCAAAUGGAUGCCAACUUUAACGCCAAAGUUCUCAAUUAUAAGAUUGUUGACGAUGGAAAAUAUGCGGUGAUUUUUUUCUGGAAACUGUUGGCGGAUUUUUUUUUUGAUCUUUCAAGUCGGGUUAACUUUUAGUUUUUCUAUUUUUUAAAACUUGAUGUGAGUUUUAUAUUUCUCAAAAAUAUCGAUUGAAUUUGAAGGUCUUGAUUGGUAAAUAUUCGAGAUUACUUUCGGUUUUUAUCAAAAUUUAGAAAAGAAAUUAAGGAGUUGGCGUCCAGAAAAAUGAGUAUUUUCGAGGCUUGAGCGACGUUUAAGGCUAAUUUUCAGUUUAAGAUCGAAAUAAAGAAGUUUCCAGCUGUACCGGAUCCAGAUCACCGUCGACACGUACACCUGGACCGUUGAGAGGCGUUAUAGCGAUUUCGACGCUUUUGAUUCUGUCCGGUUCUCCGACCGGAAAAAAUCCUUCCUGCCUCCCAAAAAACGGCUUGGAAACCUGGUUUGUCGUUUUUUAUUUCAUGUAAUACUGUUCUUUUACCGACAAAUUAGCCUAAUUUUGAAUAUUUUCUUGGUCAAAAUAGCCAUAAAGUGAAAAAAGCACGAAAACAGCAAAAUAUAUCUAUAUAUUUAGCCUCAAAGAUUUUAAGUUAUUAGGGCUUUUAUUCUUUUUAUUUCCUUCCUUUGCAAUCUUUGAUUUCCAUCAAGUUGUCACUCACGGUUUUUUUUUUAAAAUCAUCUUGAUCGUUCUGUAAACGGCCUUCUUUUUCUCAUACAGUUUUUUUUUUCAGUUGUCUUUUUUCUUCACUUUCGAUUAUGAGUACUUUUCCUAAAUUUGGUUGAGCUCUCAAAGUUUUUUUUCACAGAAAUGGAUAAACAUUCGAUCAAGUGGAUAUAUUUUUGUAUUAUUCUGGAAUUUAAUAUCGAUUCUAUUCGAAAAACACCACAUUUAUCGAUAAGUUUCAUGAAUUUUCUCAUUCGAAAUCGUGAAUUCAACGAGCAAACAGCGUUUUCGUAAAGAACUCAGCUCAAAAAUAAAUUGGUUAAUGAGUCGAUCCCGAUAAUCAUUUACUAGGAAAGAGUCUUUAUUUGCAGGCGGACUUCUGAAAGAGACCAAGUUUACUAGAUGUCGUUUUUCACGCUGAUUCCACACCUGGUCUCAAAAACUGCCUGUGAAAAAAGCCAGAGGCUCUCAAAAGUCUAAAGUUUCAGUUUUUUUUAUUCCCUUAUCACGCGCCGAGCUUUGAAGAAUCACAUCUGAGCUUCAAGAAAUUUUUGAGAAAAAUUGAAAGUUUUUUGUGACUCAAGGACUACAUACCCUCCAAAAAUUAACUGAAUUGGAAAAACUGAAAUCUUCGACUUUCGAGAGCGCCUAACUUUUUUCAAAGACCUCGAGGGCCGGUUUUGAGAUUAGGCUUGGAAUCAGCGUGAAAAACUACAUCUAGUGAAACUAGUUUCAUUCAGAAGUCCCACUGUAAAUGGAGACCAUUCCAUACUUAGAUAUUCCGUGCUUACAUCCCCUACUUAGAUAUAUAUAUAAAGGCAAUGUGAUAUUGCCGUUUCAUAGAUUUUUUGUAAUAUUUUUUCAGCGCGCUGAAGAGUUAUUAAGUCGAGACUUGGGGUUUGGGGCAUUAUCCAACUAUUUUAUUCAUUCAAAUUAUUCUAGCUGAUUUUUCAGGACAACGAAUUUCUUGAAGAACGCCGUUUGGAGCUGGAAAAGUAUGCUCGGGCCCUUCUAGAACUUGAAGUCGGUUUUUCCAGAAUUUCUUCAAUUCUCAAUUUUUUUAAAAGUUUAUUGCAAUAACUUUUUUUCAGGUUUGGUACCAGAAACAAAGAAAAACUCAACUCCUUGCCCCUCAUUUCAGCCAAAUUCUUCGAUUUCCACCAAUAUGUCAGUUCAUUUCAUUUCAAGUUUUUAUCAAAAUUGAAAAACGCGAAAAUUGCGAAAAUAAUAACGAAGAAGCGGUGGCGAAAGAUAGUUGA